AUGGGCGGAGAAGUCGUUGUUGUCGUCUACGUCGACUCUCUGCAACACAUUUAUCUCCCCAGGCACACACACACACACACUCUGUAUGUGUAUGUGUGUUGGCUUCCAAUUUUGGUGUCUCUUCUCCAACUCCGCUCUACUCUCACAUAUUUCACACCGAUUCUCUACGCGUGCCAGAAAUCUCAUCUUUCCCACUAUCCGCACCAUCACCACCCCCCUCCCUCCCCUCCUUCCGCGCCAUAA